AUGGCUACGAAAUGGACGCUGGCUGAAGCGUUAAACGGCAAACAACGCAUGAUGGAAACUUCGAGUAAAAACAUUCCCCGGGUGGGUCCGGAAGACCGGGAAUCCCACACCGCCGCUGGCGGUCUGCCCUAUGAGUACGGGGAGGGCGAUCAUGCAAGAGAAACACGACCACGGCAAGGAAACGGACACGAGUAUGGAAACCAGACAAGAGAGGAACGAGUAGCUGCUGACCGGAGCUACAUAGCACGUGAUGGCAAAAGAGACUACGUCGCGGAGAAGGAAGCUGCUACGGGCGCUAUAGACGAAGCAGAGACGGCGGAAGUGUUCGCGGAUGAUGGCGCGAGGGCACUGCUGGAGAUGAUCGAGCAGCAGCAAGUCAGUGAGGAUGGCUUUUUCGUUAGAAGAGAAUCGCUGGCGAGGACCCCGCCAUCGAAGGGGAAGGAAGAAGAAGGUCCUCAAGAUGGGACCUCGCAAAAGAGGAAGGCAGAAGGUAGCCCACUGAAGGAGGAUGAACCAAUUGAAGAGACCGACAAGGCGAUAGAAGAACUAAGAAGGUUGAUUGGAAGGGCAGUAGAUUUCACCAACUCGAAGGAGGGGAAAAAUGUUAACAAAACAAUUAAGGAAAUGAUUAAAGGGAUGGACAGAAACGCGAGGAAAGUUAUCAAGGUGAGGAAGGAUGAAAGUAACAGGAAGAGGAAUAAAAAUGCAAAAACACUGGAGGGAAAUGGUCAUGAAGUAAAGAAACAAGACAAAAAGAAGAAUACAGCAACGGAGGUACAAGGCUACAUGGACUCCCUACAAGGGAGAUAUGAACAGUUAGAGGCAAGGAUAAAGGUAUUGGAGGAAACAACGGAAAGACAGACCGAAACAAUUGAGCAGGAAAGGAAGAGGUAUAGGGAGUUGAGGGAGAAAUACGAGAAGGAAAAGGAAAAGAAGAGGGAAAGAGCAGACCCCUCGAGGGACGAGGAGACCGUAUUGAUUGAGAAUCUAAAAGGAAGUCUAGACAACCUGAAGAAAGAUCACGAGGCCCUACGGAGCAAAUAUGAGAAACUGGAACGGAGGUACCUGAAGGAAAGGGUUGGGUGGCUGGAAAACGAAGUCCGGAUACACACGAAGGAGGAAAUAGAGGAAAUCAUGGAAAGACCCAAAACAUUGGACAACUUCCUGAGGUUGGUGGCGGCAGAGUGGCCAAAGGAAGUUAGAGACAAAAUUAAAAUAAGUGACCUAUCGCCAUACGCAUGGGGAAAGGAAUAUGAUAUAGCCUUCUAUGUGGAGAAUGAUCACAAAAUGGAUAAAGAGAUUGCUAGGAAACUUAAGAAGGAAAUUCCGGAACUGGAGCUAUUAACGCCGACGGAGGCGAGCGACACGGGAGAGUAUCUCCAUUUGAUUAAGGAGAUGAAGAUCCCCAGUAGGAACCUGCAGUGCGGCGAACACUACGGGAAGUUGAUUAACACGGCAAAGGGGACCGAGAAACUAAUCGGGGUGUUCGGAGCAAUGAAUGGGCUCAGGGAGGUGUGCAUAAGGGAUAAAAGGCGCAAGGUAUUAAUAGCAGUAUGCGACAGUUGUGAGGAUAAGGAACUGGUCCGGAAGGCGGCGAUCUACCUCCUUGGAGAGGAAGUCCAGGUGGAGAUGACGGCACCCCGAGAGGUCAGAAACGGCGAGGAUGGAGAUUCCGCGACGGAAGAAGAAGACGUAGCGGACGGCAGCGGCAGCAAGAGAAGACGGAGAAGGAGGUCGACAAGGGGUAAACCACCAAAAAGGUCGGAAGCGGUCCUCAUCACCCUAGGUAGCAGUGAGACCUAUGCCGACGUGCUGAGGGAGAUGAGAGCCAGUGAAAUAGACGCGGGGGUCAGGAUCCAAGGCAUAACUAAGACGAGGGAGGGCAAUAUGCUGAUGCAGGUCGAAAGGGGCCAAGGAAAGGCGGAAGCGCUGAGGAAAAAACUUAGCGAAAAGAUGACUGGAAGGCAACUAAAGACAUUACAGGAAACGAGGAUUUUGGAAGUGCGGGACCUUGAUGCCAUCACCACCCAGCAGGAGGUGGCACUGGCAAUUAAGAAAACCCACCCGGAAGUAGAAGCCACGGUUAGAAGGAUGACCAAAACAGACAGAGAGCAGCAGAUUGCUCAGGUGGUGGUUGAACGAAGGGCUGCUGAGCAGAUUAUCGAGGGCGGAUAUUUAAGGGUCGGGUGGACCAUGUGCAGAGUGAGAGAGAAGACCAGGAACGAAGGGUGCUACAAGUGUUGGGAACAUGGGCAUGUAAGCAUCCAAUGCAAGGGCGUGGACAGGAGAGAGAUGUGUUUUAACUGCGGAAGCAGAGAACACCGGCUACGAGACUGCCGAAAUCGACCCUGCUGCGCGCUGUGCGAAGGCCAGGAAGAAGGGAAAGGAGUGGGCCAUAGGCCAAACAGCGACGAAUGCCGUUAUAAGCCUGACAGUGCCGCCCAGAAGUACGAGAGGGAAGGGUGUUAUCGAUGCGGCCAGAAGAGCCACUGGGCACGAGACUGUAAAAGUCAAACUGAGGCUGCAGAGGCUGUGAGGGAGAGCUGUGAUAAGCCGAAAGAAGGGCACCACCAACCAUGCCAGCAGAGCGACAGCACCUGA